UCUGGGCUGAACAGCAGAGACGUGUUUUUGUUCUGCAGCUGUGUUGCAAAGGAAACGUGUCACAACCUUCCUCAGUGCUGUCAGUCCUGUUCAGCUGCACCAGCGUUUACCGUGAUGCGUGUCUGUGUGUGUGCAGCGUGCAGCCCAGCAGCUGAAAGCUCAACGGCAGCUCGAGGAGGCUUUGGAGUCUCGUCUCCAGCGCAUGCAGACCGACGCGCAGACGGUGACCUCGGCUUCUUCAGACGGGACCCUUUCCACCGACGUGAACGUCUCCGCUGACUCGCUGCCUGCAUCUCCCGACCCCCCACCCAGUCCUCCCAGUCACAGCAGCAGCACCUCACAUGGAGAUAGAAGUGGCUCCACUGCUCACAGACCCACAGCAGAAGGAAGCAGGGAGGAGGUGCAGGUGGGGAAGAUCUCUUUCAGCCCCUCUGAGGUGCUCGGACACGGCACGGCAGGAACGUUUGUCUUCAGCAUCUCGUAGAGCUGAUUCCUGCCAUCCAGGACACCCUGC